CAGAAAUACCUUGAAAAGUGUGUACUUUGUGAUUCACUUAGCGACUCAAAAUCUAAAAUACAACUAAUCGCAGACGCGUAAAGCGAUUAAAAAAGAAGGAAAAACAUUGAUUAAAACGGUGAAUCAGUAUGAGUGAACAACUCAAGUUAAUUGUUCAGGAGCUGAACAAGGAGCCGUUUAAUCGGAACUACAAUCUGAUUUCGUUUGAUUCACUUGAGCCUCUACAGCUGCUGCAGGUUCUGAAUGACGUCCUGGCGAUUGUCGACCCCAAGCAAAAGCUUGAUAUCCGAGAGGAAACCCCGGACCAGACAGCUGUCAGACUUUUCCAGGCUUUAAGAAUUCUGAAAUAUAAACCACCAACAGAUUAUGCCAACCUAAGCGAAUUCCGAGCUGGCUUGGUACAAGCGGAGAAGCCAGUGAUCUACCCUAUCCUAGAAUGGCUUCUCUCUCGUAUCCCCGAUCUGCAGAAAAGAGCGUACCUGGCCAAGUACCUGGUGAAGAUAGAGGUGCCACCUGACGUCAUGCAAGACGAUGAAGUCAUCUCUAUAUACUCUCAGUACGAGGAGCUAAUGGACCAGUUCAAGGAUCUCCACAAGCAGGCGGACAACCUGAAGGCAUCUGGCUUCAACACGACGGAGAUCCGCAAAGACAUCUCCAACAUGGAGGAUGAGAAGGAGCAACUCCUCAAGAGGAUUGAGCGACUCCGCAGGAAGGUUGAAUCUCACCCGAACUCUACUCAGAUGAUGAACGUUGCGAAGAACCUACGAAUUGAGAGAGACCGGGAGAAGAAGAUUGGAGGACAGAAACAGGAGCAAAUGCUCAAUAUUCAGCACGCAGAACAGCGAAUCAAACGGAUGCAGUCUCAGCUGGACCAGAUACGCCAGGCUUCUGUUGGCGCCACACCAGACGGUCUGUUGAGUAGGCUGGAAGAAGAAACUAGGGCCAAUGGAUUCAUUGUGAAAGAUCGACUGCCCAAGGAAGUCGCAGCUAAGAAGAAAACGGUCGAGUCUUUACAGCGUGUUGUACAGGAACCAGCUAUGGGCAACUCUGAUCUUGAAAUACUGAAUAAACAGAUCACCGAGUUGAACACGGAGGUCAACAAGCUGUAUGAGAAGAAGAUGUCUAAUUCCGAGUCUGCCGAUGACAAGCUGUCUCUCUUCAGUAAACAGGCAGGUAUUAUUUCACACAAGAAAGGCGCCGCAGCUGAAAACCUGAGAGAGAUUAGGGAAGACUUUAACAAGACGAUGCAGGAACUCGAGCAGAAGAGAGAUUUGGCGAAGGAUGCGGAGGGGGGCGAAGUGCUCAAGGGGGAGGAGUUUAAGCGGUACGUGAACAAGCUUCGCAGUAAAAGCACGGUGUACAAAAAGCGUCGACAGGAGUUGGCGGAGCUGAAGGCCGAACUCGGGGUGUUGACUCGUACCGGAGACAUUCUCCGACAGAGAGAUGAAGGUAUCAACCAUCAGCUGUCGGCGUUGGAAAGGAAGAAAGGUGUAUCAGGAUAUCGAGAGACUCAGGAGGAGCUGGAGAAGGUUUCGUCCAUUAAAACCGACAUCGACGAGGCGAAGGGCAAAACCCUGGAGGACAUUUCCGAGAUGGUCCGCCGACUGCACAGUGCCAUAAAGGAGAAGAGGAACACUCUGGCCCCCGUGCUCAAGGAGAUCAGACCCCUCAGAGAACAACUGGCGACGCUGCAGCCAGAAUACGAACAGAAGAAAGUGGCGUACGACCGAACGGCAGCGGGUUUGGACAGUAACAUGACACGUCUGGAGCAGGAGGUGCGUGCGUUCAGUGAGGAGUGCCGUGCGGAGGAGUCGCGAUACCACUACCUGUCAUCCAUGAUCCACAUGCUCGACCUGCAGCAGCAGAAGAUCAGCAAUGAGAUGAAAGCGUACGUCUCGUCAGAUCCUGCCGAGAAGAAGAAAACUUUCAGGGAAAUAUUUUCCAAGAAGAUACAAGAGCAGGAGAAUCUAGGCCGGGGACUGCGCGAGAAACAGAAGACAGUUCGGGAGAACCACGAUCCCAAUAUGAGGCAGAUGAAGAUGUGGAAGGACCUCGAACGUCUGAUGGACUGCAAGAGAUCCGUCCUGGAGAGGAGCGGGGGUCACGGACCCGCCAGCGGACCUAACGCGGCGGGCUACGGGGAACAACAACCCACAUUCCAGGAGGAGGACAGGCUCGUCCUCCUGUAGGCAUACACUCGGUAAUUACAGUCUCUUCUUGAUGUUAUUGGGAGGUUUUCAAAAACGUAUUCUGAUGGAAAGAAUUAAGGGAUUUGACAAACACUAACUGUGUAACUGUAGCCUGUACCCUCUUCCUGUUUUAGUGGCAUACUCAGUAACAUUCUCUUCUUAAUGUUGGUGGCGUUUUGGGUUUUUUCAAUAUACUGAUGGAAAGAGAAAAGGGAUUUCAUGAACACUAACGAGAACACGUAACUGACCUAAACCCGCAUCCUGUUUUAGUGAUAAAACUCGGUAACAUUAUGUUAUUGGAGUUUUUUGUUUUUUUAAAUAUACUGAUGGAAAGAAUUACAGGAUUUCAUGAACACUAACAGGAUCACUUAACUGUGACCUAAACCCUCAUCCGGGUUUGGUGAUAUACUCAGUAACAUUAUAUUCUUGAUGUUAUUGGGUUUUUUUUUUUUUUUUAAUAUACUGAUGGAAAGUUGUAAGGGAUUUCAUGAACACUAACUGGAACACGUAACUGUAGCUUAAACCCUCAUCCAGUUUUGGUGAUAAACUCUGUAACAUUCUAUUCUUGAUGUUAUUGGAUUUUUUUGUUUUUUAAAUAUACUGAAUUAAGGGAUUUCACCAACACUAACAGGCACAAGUGACUGUAGCCUAAAUCCUCAUCCUGUUUAGUGAUAUUGCUCAGUAACAUUCUCUUCUUGAUAUUGUUGAGUUUAAAAAAAAAAGAAAUACCGAUGAAUUAAGGGAUUUCAGCAACACUUAACAGAAAUGAGUGACUGUAACCAAAAGCCACAUCCAUAGUGUCAGGAAAUUCAGCGUGUUACUGACACUCAAUCUCACAUACUGACAUUCAGUCUGACAUUACUGACGUUCAGUCUUGCACUGCUGAUAUUUAGUCCCAAAUUAUUGAAAUUCAGUCCCGCAUUUCAGACAUUCAGUUUCACAAUACCGACUUUCAUUCUUACAUUACUAACAUUUAAUUUGACAUUUAAUUUCACAUUACUGACAUUUAAUUUGACAUUUAAUUUCACAUUACUGACAUUUAAUUUCACAUUACUGACAUUCAUUUCCACAUUACACUUUUGUGCUUUAUACAGACAUUGUGACACUAAUGCAGACUGAAAUUUGGUCUAUAAUACCAAAUAUUCCCGUAUUUCUUUCUUUCAGUAUAUUUAAGACUUAAUAUUUAUGAGAAAAUUUAUUUUGGUAGGUCCUGUCAUACGUAUUUAUAAUUAGUUCUUUUUGGUGUAAAAUUACAAAGUUUUAGGACAGUAAUUGAUGUUUCAUAAUACAAACCGUGUUUACCAGAUUAUGGACCAACAGCUGAUACAGGAUUCAUUCAACAUCUGUUAGACCAGUGAAAUUACGUUAUUUAUUCCUUUUGUCUCGAACUGUUAUAAUAUGUCAUUACAAGAAACACUGUAUGCAAAAUAUACUUGAGAUAAACUGUGAAAAUCUGUAACUGAUUUACUUAUUAAUAAAUGGUUUUCAUAAAAUCAUGUAUAAUUGUAUACCUGUAAAUACCAGCUGAAGCCAACCUUAAAAGAUAUGCUGUAUGCUGUAUCCCUCAUUCCAGCCAGUGCACCACGACUGGUAUAUCAAAGGCCGUGGUAUGCACUACGCUGUCUGUGGGAUGGUGUAUAUAAAAGAACCCUUGCUGCUAAUC